AUGCUUCUACUAUUUCUCCUUCUUCUUGUUCCAAUUUUCUCAAUUGCCGAUUAUACUCCUGAUUGGUCGUCGCUUGACAAGCGUAGUUUGCCUAGUUGGUAUGAUGAGUCAAAGUUUGGAAUCUUCUGUCACUGGGGACUAUAUUCGGUACCAGCAAUCAGGUCCGAGUGGAUGUGGUGGUAUUGGAAGGGCGAUCAACCAGAUGCGAAUGUUGUAAAGUUUGUGGAAAAAAACUACAAACCCGGAACGACCUACGCUGAUUUCGCAAAGGAUUUCACAGCUGAAUAUUUUGAUGCCAACAGAUUCGCCGAAAUUGUGAAAACCUCUGGAGCGAAAUAUUUCGUGUUCACCAGCAAACAUCAUGAGGGUUUUACAAUGUGGCCGAGUAGAACAUCUUGGAAUUGGAAUGCACAGGAUAUUGGACCAAAAAGAGAUAUUGUUGGGGAGCUGAAAAACGCAUUUAAACAAACCAACGUUCAUUUUGGACUCUAUUUCUCACAAUUCGAGUGGUUUAACCCAUUGUUUUUGGACGACGGAAAGUUCAACACAACUAAUUAUCGUGAUCAAGUUUCCUACCCUCAAAUGUUUGAAAUCGUCAACAAGUAUGAACCGGAAAUCGUCUGGAGUGAUGGCGAAUGGGACAAGACCGACGAUUACUGGAAGUCUAAAGAAUUUCUUGCAUGGCUGUACAAUUCCAGCCCUGUCAAGGAUCGCGUAGUUGUGAACGAUCGAUGGGGAACUGGAACUAUGGGAUCGCAUGGAGGAUUUUUGACCUACGCCGACCAUUACGACCCGGGAAAAUUGUUGGAGAGAAAGUGGGAGAACUGUAUGACUCUAGAUAAAAUGUCAUGGGGAAAUCGUCGAGACAUGAAAGCAUCCGAUGUUCACACCGUUUUUGAAAUAAUCGAGCAACUAGCCAGAACAAUUGCUUGUAACGGAAACUUAUUGUUAAAUGUUGGUCCAGAUAUGCAUGGUCUGAUUCCAGCUAUUUUUGAAGAUAGAUUGGCGGAAAUCGGACGAUUCGUCGAUUUACACUCCGAAGCAAUUAAUGAAUCCAAACCCUGGAUCUAUCAAAACGACACCAACCAACCGAACACUUGGUACACCUCAAAAUGGAGAAAGGGAACCUUUAAUGGCAGACGCAUUUCGAAAAAAAACCAACUUUUCAAUCAGCAAACUGAAAAACAAACGGUUAUUUAUGCCUGGAUCCUGGACACUGCACAUGAGACGUUUGAAUUGAAAUCUGUGAAGACCACGGAGAAUACAACUGCAAAACUCCUGGGUACCGAUGCUGUUUUUUCUGGCUUUGGAAAGUCUGACUCCAUUAUCAUCCCAUCGUCAAAAAUCCCAUGGAACAAGCUUCCUCGUCGUGACGUUAUCGUUUUGAAAAUUGAGUACGCCGCAAACCAAGAGGUUACUUUCACUCAUUUUUCUAUUACUCUUUUUUUUUCUCCUUAA